UUUUACAGCGUCGAUGAGUAAUCACUAUGACGAACAAAACUGUAGCUAUAAAGAUCGACUUUGAUGGUCGUAGCGACUACAGUCUUCAAUUAAAUCGCUGGUUCUUAAAACCGAUCGGUGCGUGGCCUUCUUUUCCCUCUACUUCGAGACUCGAAAGAAUCAUAUCCUUCGUUUUAAUCGUCAUCUGCUAUAUCAUUUUAAUCUGCACUAUAAUCCCCUGUUUACUCCACAUAAUCCUGGAAAAUGAAAGUUUUCGUAUUAAACUAAGGCUGAUUGGACCUGCGAGUUAUUUGUGCGUUGGUAGCAUCAAUUAUACUACUCUGUUAUUACGAGGUAAAGAUAUACGAUGUUGCGUCGAGCAUAUGCAAGCAGACUGGAGAACAGUGAAAAGGGAAAAGGAUCAACAAGUGAUGCUGAAGAGCGCGAAAUUUGGUCGCUAUGUGACGGCUUCAACAGCGGCCUUCAUGCAAGGUGGUGUUUUUUGUUAUUGUUUCAUGACAGCGUUGAGCACAGAGGUAAUCCAAGUAGGUAAUGAAACGAGGAUCGUGCACCAGUUGCCAUAUGUGACAUACAAAGAAUUGAUAGAUAUCAAUGAAAGUCCUACGAAUGAGAUUAUUCUCUUUAUGCAAUUUUUAACUGGGUUCAUCGUAAGUUCUAGUACACUAGGGAUUCUCAGUAUAACGGUUGUUCUAAUUGCUCACGCGUGUGGCCAGUUGAAUGUUGUUAUGACAUGGAUCACAGAAUUUGUAAAUGAAUCGAGAAAAGAGAAAAUAGCUCCAUUUGAGAACAUAGGGAUUAUCGUGGAACGUCAUCUGAGAACGCUGAGGUAUUCUGUUUUAAAUCGUUCUUAUAUGUCCUUGUUUGUAUUUUUGUAAUUUUCCUAUGUUCCAAUUACAGUUUUGUAUCGAGUAUCGAGGAGACGGUAAAUCGAAUAUUCUUCUUGGAAGUGCUUAGAUCCACCCUGCAUAUGUGUAUGCUCAGCUAUUACAUUGUUACGGUAUAUAUCAAUCACUGAUAUUU